AUGGAGGAAACAACCUACGACCAUCUAUGCACAGGCUCUCUCCUAUUGGACUCAAUCAGAGCAUUCGAGUUCAGUAUGGAGAACAACGAAGUUCUGGUGCUGCUGUGUCCCAGGGCCCUGACUAAGUGUGCUUCACAAACCACAUUGCUGGUUCUGUUAGAAACUAAGAUAGCUGACGAUAAGAAACUGACUGAGGAGCUGCAUUUCGAUAUGCUUAUCCAGUCUCCGACCGUAGGGUUGUCAGGUGGGAUUGUUAUGAUAUGGAAAGAGGAUUGUGUCACUGUUGAUGAGGUAUCUACUACCCCCCAGGGUAUCCAUGCCAUGGUAAAGGUACUCCCAUCCCAUACUCUUUGGUUAUUUUCAGCAAUUUAUGCUAGCACCAUAUUAGCUGAUAGGAAAUUAUUAUGGGAUAGUCUUGUUACUAUCUCUAAAAGUAAUACUGGGAACUGGUUUAUAGGUGAAGAAUUCAAUGAAGUCGUAAAAGCUAGGGAUAAGUUUGGGGGUAACCCCAUUAACUUAAGUCGUAGCAACCUCUUUUGGAACUGCCUCAAUGAAUGUAGGCUAGUUGACUUAGGUUACAAAGGCAGUAAGUACACGUGGACUAACAAAAGAUACAAAAAUAGGAGUAGUCUAAUCUUAGAAAGGAUAGAUAGGUGUUUUGCGAAUGACUGCUGGAUUUCUCAGUACCCUGAUGCUAGUGUUAACCAUCUCCCUAAGACCAACUCAAACCACUGCCUGUACAAAUAA